AUAAGAGAAUCAGCUGAAUUUAUAAAAAAGAAAACCCUUAUUUAUUUCCAAUCAUCCAAUCAUCAGAUAGUUCAAUGAGAGCCUCAGAUUUAAUAAGAAAAUUUGGUAAAGAGUCAGGAGCAAAAUAUCCAGAAAACAUUACAUCAACUCGUUUGCGAAAACAUGUUGCUACAGUUACUCAAUUGCUUAACUUAACUGAGGGAGACAUUGAGCAAUUGGCAACAUUUAUGGGACAUACCAAAGACGUUCAUAAACAAUUUUACAGACUCUCAGAUAAUGCAUUUCAAGUUGCCAAAGUAAGUAAACUAUUACUUAUGAUGGAAAAUGGCAAAGGUAAUGAAUAUAGAGGAAAAAGCUUGGACGAAAUAAACAUUAAUGUAAAUGAGCUAGUAUCUGAUGAAGAGUCAACAGAUAAUGAAGAAAAAAAGUCUGAAGAUCAACUUAUAAAAAAACCGUUAAUUGGUAGCCCACUUACAAAAAACUCUGUAAAUAAAACAAAAACUAUAAGGCAGACCACCAAAAAAAUAGCUGUUGUUCCAUGGUCCGAGGCAGAAAAGUCAGCUGCAACCAAGUAUUUUAAAAAACACAUACUUUUGGGUAAGGUACCAAAAAAACAUGAGUGUGAUGAAUUUUUGAAACUGAACUCAAAGUUUAAGAAACCUUGGAAAAAAAUUAAGUAUUUUGUCCACAACGCAAUUAAUUCUAAAAAAAAUAAAUAAAUAGGUACUUUAUUUAUAUUGAUUUUUACUUAA